GCGUAACUGUUCGGGAGCAAACCAGGGUUAAUCACUGUGUCGGAAUAAUUCGCUUCGGGACAUAUUUUAUUUACUCAGUAAAAGCUUAUUUUCGCUUCUUCUACUACUGUUUUGUUUUAAACAUGUGAAUUUAGUGGUUUUAUUUGGGACAAAGGUUACCCUACGGAAUCGCCAGAGAUCUCAACGCUAUUCGCUACCGGAUUGAACACAGCAUGUAAAAGACAGCUAGCAAAAUCCGAGCGGCACUCCGACCUAACAAAAGCGGACCGAUUUAAAACUUUAUUUAGUCCCCAAAUCGGGGAGGGACCCCGGCUGGCGUCCAUUCGAUCCGCCUGUCAACGCACGCGAUGUUCCCCUUGGACUCGUCAUGGAACAUCUCUUUCGCAGGUUGCGGAUUCCUGGGCAUCUACCAUGUUGGUGUCGCCAGCUGCCUGUUGGAGCAGGCUCCGUUCCUGGUGCACAACGCCAAGCACAUUUAUGGGGCUUCAGCCGGAGCGCUCACCGCCACCGCGCUGGUCACCGGCGUGUGCCUUGGAGAAGCUGGUGCCAGUAUCAUUGAGGUCGCCAAGGAAGCAAGAAAGCGCUUCCUCGGUCCCAUGCAUCCUUCCUUCAACCUGGUGAAGAUCGUGCGCUUCAUGUUGCAGCGCACUCUGCCCACUGACUCUCACCAGCUUGCAAACGGGAGGCUGGGAAUCUCUCUGACCAGAGUAACAGAUGGAGAAAAUGUGCUUGUAUCUCACUUCAACAACAAGGAGGAGAUUGUGCAGGCAUGUGUUUGCAGUGCCUACAUCCCAGUGUAUUGUGGCAUUAUUCCUCCCACACUGCAAGGAGUGCGAUACGUCGACGGGGGAAUCUCGGACAACUUGCCUCAUUAUGAGCUAAAGAACACAAUCACCGUGUCGCCGUUCUCUGGCGAGAGCGAUAUCUGUCCGCGAGACACCUCCACCAACAUACAUGAGCUCCGCUUCACCAACACCAGCAUCCAAUUCACCCUCACCAACCUUUACAGAAUUUCCCGGGCGCUUUUCCCACCUGAUCCGAUGGUUAUGAAAGCCAUGUGUAAACAGGGUUAUAAUGACGCACUGCACUUCCUGAAGAAGAAUGGAUUGCUCAAUUCCGGCGAACCUCACAUAGACAGAGCCCUGCUGGCUAACAGAGAAGAGCAUCAGGAGCAAGUUGACUACGUUCAUGUUGAUGUCAACGAUGUUGAAGAGGAGGAAAAGAUCAAUACGGUCGAUGGACCGUUGCCCGUUUAUCCCUCAAUAGAGGAGCACAUCAUUGUACGCCUUCCGCCAACUCUCCACAAAGCCCUAAUUGAAGCCUGCACAGAGAGAAGGAGCCUAGUGCAGUCGCUUGGCAACCUGCUUCCUUUCAGGAUGGCAUCUGCCAUGAUGCUGCCCUACACUCUCCCGCUUGAGUCCGCUUUGUCUUUGACUCUCAGACUUUUAGAGUGGUUGCCAGAUGUGCAGGAGGAUGUCGGAUGGAUUCAAGAGCAACUGGUGAAAGUCCUCCAUCAUGUUUUGCGCCAGGCCUCCAAAAGCAUUUCUCAGCAUUUUUCCGCCCGAUUCUCCUGUCAGCUGGAGCUGCACCAUUACCAGUCGCUCCCAUCGCAUAUCCGCUCCACCGGCCUGUAUGCCACCUGGGUAGGUAGCGGCACUCUUUCAGUCCAGGAGAUCUUUACACGUCUCGACCAAUACAAGAGACAGCUGCUGUCCGGAACGUUUUGCGUCAACAUGGAUCUGGAAGGAACCUUCCAAACGGGGCCGAUGUCGGUGGACAAAAGCUCUGCUUCUUUCCUCCCCGUGGAAGGCUUCCCAACGCACACGGGUGGUGGUCUUAGUGACACCAAAGAUGACAUGCGGCGCUUUGAUUCAGAUCUGCCGCUUUUAAAUCCUGGUCCACCUCAAACAAAUUACUACCAGUUGUCCGGUUGAAAAAUCAGAUUGUUAUUUUGCACUUUAAUGAUGAUUGUAAAUGGUAACAAUUUACCAUGAACACAAUGUGUAUUGUAUACAAUUCAAAUUAGCUGCGAUAUGCUCAGAAACGCUCCUUUCCGAUGUAUUCCGUAAAGUCCAAGACAUGUUUAUGUAUAGAAGAUGCAAACUUGAAACGCAAGAUACUGUAAACAAAAAACGUACGUGCCAUGGUUGAUGAGUGUUUACGUUUUCCUGGAAUGUGGUUCGACUUGUACGUAAGCAUAGGUUAGGGUUUGGAGUUUGGCGUGCAAUGUGUAGCAUCGGGCUCUUUUGAGACUGUAGGAAGGAAACGGUGAAGUCACCACUCAGCAGAAAGUUACUCCAUACAUUUUAAGCAAACUGUCAAUGCAAUAAUAUGAAUUCAACUGUGUUUUGGUUCCAGUCUGUGUAAGUACUGUAUGUGAAUGAAUGGUAAUUGAUGCACAUGUGUAUACUAUGCAUACCAAUGUCAUAUUUGUAUCGAUAAUCUUAAGUGACAACUGUGUACAGCUUUUAGAAACAUGAUUUAAUACAUGUUGUAAUUCUGGUCUCUUUACCUCUGGUUAUUCUAUGUGACCUGAUUUUAACAAAACACAGAAUCAGCUUAUUAUGAACAUGACUUUAUCACUGAAUUUAUUCUGUGAUAGUUAAUCUACCUAUAUCGUCUUUACUUCUGUGUGACUGAGCCUCAAAUUUAUUCAACUCACUUUUAUAGUGGGUUUAAUGUGUAAUUAAAUGGACACAGGCUCAAACAUUUUGUGACCAACCAAUAAACUGGUGUUGUUUACCAUAGA